AUGCGCUUCUUCGGCCUUGCUGCGACGCUCUUCUCUGCCCUUGCUGUUGUGGGCGCUUCGCCCGCUCGCCGUGCCAACUACGGCCCUACCUCGUACCAGAAGCCCGAGGGCCUUCCGGUCAACUGGUACGAGCUGUCUCUGGCGGCUGGUCUGUCUAGCCAGACCUACUGCGAUGACUCUGACAUCUACGGUUUGAGCGUGGGUGAGGGUACGCUGCUCUGGUCCAAAUGGCUGGGUAUCGUCAACCAGCGUGUGAACGUGUACCACACCCCUACCCUGGGUGUGACUGUGGCGUUCGAGGGUACUACCCCUAGCCUGCUGUCGAUUCUCCACGAUGGCGAGCUGAUUCUUGAAGAUCCUAAGGGUCCUCUCAAGGACGCUGUUGAGGGCGGUGCUCAGAUCCACUCUGGUUUCCAGGAUGCCUACCUGUCGGUGGCUGAGGAGACGUUUAAGAAGGUGCAGUCCGUUAUGAAGGAGAAGAACGACACUCGUGUCACUACCACGGGUCACUCGCUCGGUGCUGCGAUGGGUCUGCUUGCUGCUAUGGACUACAACCACCGCCUGGAGCAGGGCCUCCACCGCUCGCUGGUGUUCGGUCUUCCCCGCGUUGGUAACCCUGAGUUCGCCGACUCGGUCGACAAGAAGAUCGGCGGCAAGUUCUACUACGCUGUGAACGGUGGCGACUGGGUGCCUCAUGUGCCUUUCCGUGAAUGGAACUACCAGCACCCCUCGGGCCAGAUCUGGAUCCACCCGGCCAACUCGAAGAACUGGAAGUUCUACCCUGGCGAGGAGAACCACUUCGGUGCCAACCAGGUGGGCAUUGAGCUGACCAACAUGUCGGACCACCACGGCUGGUACUUCCACACGGCGCUGGGUGAGCAUGUGGUGGCCACCUGCCCUGCGACGGUUAACACCCAUCAUUACUAA